GUUGAUAUUAUCAGAUACACAAAUCAUAGAUUGUGGAAAAAAAAAACAAAAUAAAACGAGGAGGGGGAAGAAAGAAUCCUCUCUCUCUAACCCAUUAAGCCUUUUGGGGGGAAAAACAGAGAAAAAAAAAGAGAGGACUUAAGCCGCCAUGGGAAUCGUGGAAGAAGCUCACAACGUGAAGGUGCUAGGCUCAGGUGGGCAGACGAUCGUACUGGGUCAUGGGUUUGGUACGGACCAGUCGGUGUGGAAGCAUCUAGUUCCGCAUCUCGUGGAGGAUUACCGUGUCGUGUUGUACGACAACAUCGGUGCCGGAACGACGAACCCAGAGUACUUCGACUUCGAGAGAUACUCGACCCUCGAAGGCUUCGCGUUUGACCUCAUCGCCAUUUUUGAGGAUCUUCAGAUCGAAUCCUGCAUCUUUGUCGGACACUCUGUCUCCGCCAUGGUCGGUGUUCUUGCUUCCCUGAACAGACCCGAUCUUUUCUCCAAGAUCGUCAUGAUCUCCGCUUCUCCCAGAUACGUAAACGAUGUGGAUUACCAAGGAGGGUUCGAGCAAGACGACCUGAACCAACUGUUCGAAGCGAUGAGAAACAACUACAAGGCAUGGUGCAUGGGGUUCGCACCGUUGGCAGUGGGUGGGGACCUGGACUCGGUGGCGGUCCAAGAAUUCAGCCGGACGCUCUUCAACAUGAGACCGGACAUAGCCUUGUCGGUGGCUCAGACCAUCUUCCAAAGCGACAUGCGUCAGAUCUUGCCCUAUGUCUCGGUCCCUUGUCACAUCCUCCAAAGCGUCAAGGACUUGGCCGUUCCCGUCGUCGUCUCCGAGUACCUCCACGCCAAUCUCGGCGGCGAAUCCAUCGUCGAAGUCAUCCCCUCCGACGGUCAUCUCCCGCAACUCAGCUCGCCGGACUCCGUCGUUCCCGUCCUGCUCCGCCACAUCCGCCACGACAUCGCUGUGUGAAAGAGGGGAAAAAACAAAGGCACGAUCGGAGAAAAAGAAAAAGGCGUGGCCUGAUUUCGACGCGACGUGUCUCCGAGUUUAACGCUACGUUGUCGUUUUAUGAUGACCUUGAUCUGUAGUUCUUUUUAUAAUCGAAUAAUAUGAUUAUUCUUCUUUCAUUUCCUUAGUUCUUAUCUGUAUUUUCUAUUCGGACUUUUAAUGUACGACUUAUUCCCGCAAAUGUAUCCAUUUAUAUUUGUAAACUAAGAUACUAUAACAAUGCAUUUUUGUAAA